GUCAAAAAUAACAAACUUGACAAAAGCCGCUUCCUUCUUCUCAUGUUGAUAAUGUUUUUGCAUUAAUAUUAAAUAUAACAGACAAGUACAGAGUUACUGAGUAAAAUCAAAUAUUUUAUGCAUUUAAAAUGUAUCGCACUGAUAAGCAAUUUAUGAAGAAUCCAGCUACAGCACCAUGCCGCAUUUAUAUUGGAGGUUUAGCAAAAACUGUUAUUGCUAAUGAUCUGGAAGAAAAGUUCAAACCCCACGGGACUAUCGCCGGUUUGUCUUUAAACACCGGUUUUGCUUUUAUUCAAUUCGACUCGGAGAAUGAAGCGCAAGCAGCAAUUAAAGCAGAAAAUGGCACAAUGUUGUGUGGCAGAAAAAUUAUUGUAAAGCAAGCUAUGGACAAGUCAAAACCGAAUCAAACUCCACAAAGACCUAACCAAGCACCUCCUCAAAGAUCGCCGAUUCAAAAUGUACCCCCAAAACCUACUCCACAAAAGACGCCACCACCACCUCCACAAAAUUUGAAGUCAGAGGAACCAGAUUUUGAUCAAGAAUCUGGUGAUGACUUUCCUGAGGAUGACAGACCAAAUAUUAAACCACCAGCUAUACAAAGGCAUAAUGAUGACAAAGGUUUUAACAGAGGAGGCAGGCGAGAUGGAGGAAGUGGAGAUAGAUCCAGAGAUCGAGACUACAACAGAUUUGGUGGCAGAUUUGAGCCGCCACCUAAAAUAGAGCCAUAUAGAGAUAACAGAGACAGAGAGGCGUAUAUGAGGGAUAUGGACUUUCAGCCACCUUCAAGAAAUGACCCCUAUAUGCAUGGACCUAUGUUUGAACCUCCACCAGCUCCAGUAGAGAAGAACGAUUGUGAAAUCAUUGUAGUGGCAAAACAGCUUACAAAUCAGCAGAGUAUUAGAGAAUAUGCCGAAUUUAUAGAACAGAAACUGAAAACGCAAGGUCUAAUCGUUGAUCUGCUGUUUCCGAACGAGGAUGUACCGAUAGGUAAAGUGUUGGCGAACAUCUCGAGCAGAGGAUGCCUGUACGCUAUUCUAAUCAUGCCUGUGAAUGAAGAACGUAGGAGCCUCACUCUUAAUAUACUUCACGGCGUUCCCCAAGAACACAGAAAUAUGCCUAUUGAAGAUGCCAUGAUAUUGAUUUCAAGAGAUUUUGAAAGCUACAUGAAGGGCGAUCGUAAUCCUACAGAUCCAUCUCAAAUGACCUUGCUUGAUAGACAUCCCAACCAAAUGCAAAUUCUCUUAAAUCUACUAUCGGAAAACCGCCAGAUCUACUCACUCCAGUAUGAUAAACUCAUCACGUACCUAAAAGAGCGCAGAGUACUACAGCACGAGUACGAACUCGAAGAGGGUAUAACGCCCAACGAAGAAGGGGACAGCAAACAAGCCGAAUUGCAGAACCGCAUCAUGAACAUACUAAACAAAUCUGAAGCGCCUCCAGCUCCCGAACCACCUUCAAGCGAACCCACUCCUAUCUUGAAGGAUCCUACCGUGCAGAAGGCAUUGGACAGUUUGAUGUUGGGAGAUAUGUUCAAAAAUAUAGCUGGCUAGAUGCAUAUUUACUUUUAAGAUUUAAAGUUUGGAUGUAAUUUUGUAUAGGUAAUUUUUUAAUUCAUCAUUUAUGUCGGUAAAAUAAAAAAUACACGU